GCCAACCCGAAAGUAUGAGUUCUAAACUCACAUUUAUUAGAUCACUCAUGUCUAACGGAACGUCUAAUAUCGUGGACGAUGUAUUGUUUCACAAUAAGAACCUUGCUCGGGUCAUUAGUUUGAACAGACCUGGAAAAUUGAACUCGCUCAAUACGUCGAUGGUUUCCAAGAUCUACCCCAGACUCGUUGAAUAUGCUAAAUCCGAUAUUAACAACAUGAUCAUCUUGGACUCGACUAGUCCUAAAGGUUUAUGUGCUGGUGGUGAUGUUGCUGAAGCAGCCAAGGAGAUUUUGAACGAUAACUCAGAUUAUGCUGUGAAUUUUUUCAAAGGUGAAUACAAUUUGAACUUUUUAAUUGGGACUUAUCCCAAGCCCUUCAUUGCUUUAAUGGAUGGAAUCACCAUGGGUGGAGGUGUUGGUUUAUCUGUACAUGCACCAUUCAGAAUCAGUACUGACACCACUAAACUUGCAAUGCCAGAAAUGGAUAUUGGAUUUUUCCCCGACGUAGGAACGACGUUUUUCUUACCAAGGGUGGAUGAUAAAGUUGGUUAUUAUGUUGCUUUAACCGGCACUGUUUUAUCGGGUCUUGACGCUUAUAUGUUGGGAUUCGCCACUCAUUAUGUUCCACGCGAUCGGUUGGGAUCGUUGGUGAACAGGUUAUCGAACCUACAACCACCAAACCAGACUAAUUUGUCAGUGAGUAACCAAAAGGAGUACUACCAACAAAUAAAUGACAUUAUCAAUGAGUUCACUGAUACAAAGUUACCAAAGGACUACAACUACCCUUUCAGCACAGAACAACUUAUUGUAAUCAAAGAAGCAUUUAGUCAGCCUACGUUCGAUGACGUUUUGAAAUACUUGGUUGACUCUUCCUCCCAAUUUGCUAAAGAAACCUUAGAGAAAUUGUUAGCCAAAUCUCCAACUUCUUUGAGAGUUGGAUUCGAAUUGAUGAACCAAGGAGCCAAAAAUUCGCUCAGAAAACAACUUGAACUCGAGCUCAUUACGGCCGCUAACAUCAUGACUUUGAAUCCGGAAAUCAAUGACUUUGUGAAAGGAGUUAAACACAAAUUGAUCGACAAAAUCAAGGAGCCAAGUUUACCUGAAUGGAGUCCUGUUACAGAUGCUGUCAAAUUAAUGACCAGCUCAAUAGAAGUUGGUAAAUUAGAAAAACCUUUGAUCCAUAGUGUGUUCAACAUCGACUAUGUUCAUUAUCCAUAUAACUUUGGGGUGCCUAAAAACAAUCAGAUCAAGUCCUUCAUCAAUGGCACAGACACUAAACGUUCAUAUUUACCAACCGUAAAAGAGGUUUACAGCCAUUUUAAGUCCGAUAAAUUAGGAACUGAGCUAAAGUUGCAAAGCACUUUGGAAUUACAUGGAGACUUGCAAAAGUACCAAAGUAAAUAUGUUUCUUGGGUUGAAUAGGCUCAGAAAUCACACAUGCACUUGUCAAUAUGUAUACGUUUGUAUUAUUUUUUUCUGUAGAUAAUUUAUAGCUUCUUUAUUACCAGUUACUGGUUGAGGCUUUUUUAAUUACUUUGAUUUCUUUUUCUACUUUACAUCUGGUUCGUAUAAUACAAUAAAGCUACUCCUCCCACUCACUUCAAUUUCUCCAAGAUAUAGUCCUGGCCGUAUUCCAAAUAAUCUUCUCUGCUAACGAACCAGUCAUUUACAAUCUCACUAUUCAGAUUCAACAUCAAGCUCAAAUUACUGGCACCCAACCAACUGCUGAAUUUCUUGUCCCAAACGCUCACCAAAUCUGAGUUCAAAAAGUGCAACUUAUGGGUGUAUUCCGGGAAAUACUUGUAGAUCAAAUUGUACAUGUCGUUGAUAACUCUUGAAGUUAAACCUUGAAGCAAAGAAGUGUUUCCUGUGAUUAAAAUGUUGGAUUCUAAAGCUUUGAGCACCUCAACCGCUUUGUUGAAAUUGUUUCUAUUGUUGGCAAGCACGUUCAUUUCAAUGUUCUUUAAUACACUCAAAAUGAAAAAUGAUAACCCAUUAGUCGAAGGAUCAUCCAAUUUGGGUUCUACGUUAACCAAACUGCUUAUUUGAGGAGUGAAAAGUGGCUCCAACAAAUCAAUUUGCUCGUUGACAACAGGCACGUAUUGAUGGUUAGGCAAUUGAUAGUUCUUUUUAGCCAAUGAGCUGUAUGCAGCGGGUUGUGCCAUCGGAGGAUUCAAAGAACAUUGUAACAUUGCGAGCUUGAAAGGUUUCAAAAUUUUCUUGGAGAUUUGAUACUUCUUGUAUGAUUCAGAACAGUUUAUUCCCCAGUUGUUCAAUUCCACAUUUUGAGUGCCUAAGUAGUUCAAAAUAUUUGCAUCAAUGAAAUCCCCAGCGUAACUGGAUUUGAAAUUAAACUUGUUCUGAAUGACACCAUCCAAAAUGGUAGUAAUGGUAGUGGAGGCUGAUCCUAAGUUCACCACAAGCCCAGAUGGAGUUCCAUGGUUAUAUAAUUGGCACAAUGGCUUUUUCACAAGCGAGAAAAUUGGUACUUCGAAUUGUUCAAAUACAAUUUCACUGGUUUUGAUUUUAUUCUUAUCUGAAUUGUUAACGGCUUCUGUCAAUGUAAGCGGGAAGUCCUUGGGAUCAACUCGAAGGUUGUUGUCCACAUGAUCAUAAACAUACUCCCAGUUUUUGGCGAUGUUAUCGAAAUCAUAGACGAUACCAUUAUUCAAUAAAGUGUACACUUCGUUCUGUGGGUACUUGUCUAUUUCAUCAUCGCCAAUGAUCACUUCACUAGAGUCCAGCGCCUUGGAAUAGUUACUGUUGAAAACUAGCGAUGGUAAAUCUUCAGAGGCGAAGCCGGCCUUGGUGGUAUCUGUCCCGUUAUCUAUAACUAUUGAAGGGCUGGUAUACAUUUGGAUAG